AUGGAACCUGUCUCCUUUGACUUUCCACCUACCUGGGACUCAAGUCACCAGGUAGACGAAGGGUCAGUAGACAGGUUACAUCAUACAGAGUAUAUGUCGGGUAUUCAGCCUUGUCUCCCGAUACUGAGAGAUGUGUAUCACCAUCCAGAUGUAGUAGCAAGGAUAAAAAGCAGGAGACUGAGAUGGGCUGGACAUGUGUGGAGGAGAGAGAACUCAUCAUUGAUCAAAGCUGUGGACCAGAACAAACCAGAAGGCAGAAGACCACUCGGCAGGCCGAGACUGCGAUGGAGGAGUCAGGUGCUGAAGGAUGUGGCUGUAUUGGGCACUACUCCUGAGGCAGCGGUGGAUAGAGAAGAGUGGAGAAGCAUCGUUGGCGAGGCCAAAAACCUUCUGAGGUUUCAAUGGCCAAGGAGUCAGCUCAGCUCGGCCGGCGCUGCCAGUGCCAGUCUGCUGUGCAAACAAACAAACAGUUCAAACAUGGUCUACGAACCAUGA